UCAUCAUGGUGUGGCUGGAUGCAUCUGUGGCUAUGGGCCGCCUUGAGAAGUUCAUGCAGGAGCCAGACAAGGAUGAACCUGUUACCGACGAUACCUCGGCCACUAUAGAGUUUCACGACACAACACUGGCGUGGCCCGGAAGCAACAUCGUUGUCCUCAGACACCUCAAUCUGUGCUUCCAACCUGGUCUCAACGUCGUGUGCGGCAGAGUCGGAUGCGGCAAGACUGCCCUGCUUGAGGGCAUCCUUGGCGAGCUCGACCAGACUGCGGGCCACAGUGUGCUCCCGAAUGAGAUGGUAGGAUACUGCGCUCAAGCGCCGUGGUUGCAGAACAUGAGCAUCAGGGAUAACAUCCUCUUCAACUUUCCCUACGACCCGGUGCGCUACAGGCAGGUCAUUGAUGCUUGCGCGCUUACUCCAGACCUUGCCACUUUUAAGCACGGCGACUUAUCUGCAAUUGGAGAGAACGGAAUUGGCCUCUCAGGAGGGCAGAAAGCCCGCGUGGCUUUGGCCCGGGCCGUCUACAGCAAUGCGCGCGUCUUGCUACUCGACGAUCCGCUGGCCCCUCUAGAUCAUAAUACCGCCGAGUCAAUUAUCCGCAAACUCUUCUGUGGACCUCUGAUGCAGGAUCGGACCGUCGUGCUGGUUACUCAUCGGGUAGAUUUGUGCACCCAUCUCGCUGAUCAAGUCGUCGAGAUCAUCGAUGGUGAAGCGAGAGUUCUCGAAUCUAGUGAGAUCGAGCGCGAGGCUGAAAUCCUAGCUCGAGAGCAGGGUAAAGAAAACACGGCGGGUGUUGAAGAAGGAUCCCACGUCGCCAGCGGAGAAGACACCAACGCUGCGGUGCCGGACAAGUUCAUUGAGGACGAGCAUCGCGCGUCAGGAGGCGUCGUUGCACGAGUAUAUUGGACAUACAUCAAGGCCGGCAAGCUUCGAUGGUGGACGGUUGUCCUUGCGCUCUUCGUGCUUUGGCGAUUGGUACUUCUCCUCAACCAAUGGUUUCUGAAGGCAUGGGGCGAGGCAUAUUCCGAGGCAGAGGCUUUCAAGAACCUGGCCAUCUCCGUGACUGGUCCAGGCGACGACCUUUUCAAGAAUCUGCCUCGACCAGAUGAUGAUGUUCGACCGUGGCUCAUGUGGUACCUUGUCAUUGGCAUUGCUGACACCGCUCUGUUCACGUUGUCGCAGUGUGGCUUUCUCAUCAUCAUGUUCGUGGCUGCCCGGGAUCUCUUCUCCCGUGUGCUUCAGAAAGUCUGUCGCGCCAAUUUUCGCUUCUACGAUGUCACCCCUGUAGGACGCCUCAUGAACCGUUUGACGUCGGACAUAGGCAUGAUUGACGGCGGCAUUGCUUAUCCGUUGCAGUUGGUUGCACUGAACAUCCUGUCGUGGGGUUCUUGCAUGUUGGUUAUUGCUCUCGCCACACCGAUAUUCUUUGCUUUUGCGAUGGCCAUGACCGUGUUCUUCCUCCUCAUCUUCAAACGCUACUUGCCAACAUCUCAAAGUCUACGCCGUCUCGAGAUGGCGUCACUGAGCCCACUCAUGUCCAACUUUGGCAUAUUGGUGGAUGGGCUUGCAACAAUCAGGGCAUUCAAGGCCCAGCCGCACUUUCAAAGCCGCAACAUCGAAGUGACGGACACUUUCCAGAAGAUGGACCAUUUCUACUGGAGCGUGCAGGCUUGGCUCCAAUACAGGUUCGACGCACUGUCUGCGAUAUCGACGUUCAGCCUAACUGCUCUAGCUUUGUACCAAGGCCUCUCGCCGGGUAUGACUGCCUUUGUGCUCACCACAGCUGCGCAGUUCGUCACUGCCACACAUUCGCUCUGCAGGAUGUACGGACAGUUGCAGAUGGACUUUGUAUCAGUCGAGCGCGUGGUUGAGCUUCUUGACCUGGACGAAGAACCAAGUGGAGAUGUCAGGCCGCCCGCAGUCUGGCCCGCCAACACGGACAGCAUCACCUUCAACCAUGUCACCCUCAAGUACGCACCGCAUUUGGAUCCUUCGUUGUCGGAUGUGUCCUUCAGUAUCCCCGGCGGGUCAACCUGUGCAAUCCUUGGCCGAACUGGAUCCGGCAAGUCGACAUUAGCACUCGCGCUGCUGGCAACGAUGCGACCCGAGUCUGGAAGCAUCAUUGUGGGUGACAUCGACCUGGCCAAGCUUGACGUUCAUGCUUGGCGCCAGAGAAUCAGCUUCGUUGCCCAAGAUCCUGUCCUCUUCCCGGGAACACUGCGUAAGAACAUCGAUCCACUUCAGGAACACUCUGAUGAAGAGUGUCUGGCAGUCCUGCAUCGCGUGCUCGGCGAGGAGUGGACACUCGAAUCAGCAGUCGAUGCUGGCGGCAAGAACCUGAGCCAAGGUCAGCGACAACUCGUUGGCAUUGGACGCGCCGUGCUUCGCCGCAGUCCUGUUGUCGUACUCGAUGAGGCGACAGCAAGUAUCGACAUGAAGACGGCGGCCGCAAUAUACGACGUCCUCCACGAGGAGUUGAGGCACAGCACCGUCAUCACCAUCGCCCACCGCCUCGAGGCCGUCAAGGACGCAGACUAUUUCGUGAGACUCGAUGCAGGCCGUGUGGUUGAGGCAGGACCCAUAGAGGUCAGUGGAGAGUCUGCUGCGGCAUCGUGAUUAUAUUUCACCGGGGCUCCAAGAUGGUGCCGGUCGUGGUGUGAAAACAAGGGAAUGCUAAAGCACCAUGCUCAUCCUGGAGUUGAGGUCACGUCACGGUUGUUGCUGCUCUUCAAUAUAUUGGUCCCCUAGCGUUCAUCCACAGUAUUGCCCUUGUCCCGUCGUUGUGCGAAAGUGUACAGAAUACAAUGGCAAUGACAAUGGAAGGGCUCGUAGAACUUGCACCUGAUUAACGGGCCUCGAGGUCACGACGUCGCGAGCCACCAGCGUAACAAAUCUAGGCUCUGGCGAGCCAGAACAUUAUAGCUCUCUGCGGGCACACCUGAAGUUGAGACAAAUUCGACUCGCGCAUGAGUAUGCCAUGGUCAAGCUUAGCAAUGCUUGUUCAGUGAUGUGUAUGGUCGUCCAAUAACAGUGCAUGCUGGUGGAUCAAUGCGUCGCAAGUGCCACCUCGUGGGUCGAGCCUGCCCGGA